UUUGAGAAAGGGCGCCCUCAAGUAUGGGGUCCAUAACCAACACAGUUACAGCUCUCACUGUGAUAGUGAUUCUUGUUCAGACGAUCACAGUAUCAGCGACGUGUUCUAUGGACAGCGAUUGCUUGAAUGGAGGAACCUGUAACACCACGACAUCAACCUGCAACUGUACAUCAGACUUCACAGGCACAAACUGUGAAAAUGAAAACUGUGACUUACUAGAAAUUCCUUUCUCAAAUCAUACAAUAAAUGAUACGUUGGAGCAUGGUGCAAGUAUCGUUGUAGCUUGUGACGCUGGCUACUCCACCGGUAUGGGCACUUUGACAGAGCUCAUGUGCGAUAAUGGGACACUUUCUGAAUCUCUUGUCUGCUAUGAAAACUGUGACUUACUAGAAAUUCCUUUCUCAAAUCAUACAAUAAAUGAUACGUUGGAGCAUGAUGCAAGUAUCGUUGUAGCUUGUGACAUGGGCUACUCUACCGGUAUGGGCAUUCUAACAGAACUCUUGUGUAAUGAUGGGACUCUUUCUCCAUCUCCUCCUGUCUGUUAUGAAAACUGUGACUUACUAGAAAUUCCUUUCUCAAAUCAUACAAUAAAUGAUACGUUGGAGCAUGAUGCAAGUAUCGUUGUAGCUUGUGACAUGGGCUACUCUACUGGUAUGGGCAUUGUAACAGAGCUCUUGUGUAAUGAUGGGACUCUUUCUCCAUCUCCUCCUGUCUGUUAUGAAAACUGUGACUUACUAGAAAUUCCUUUCUCAAAUCAUACAAUGAAUGAUACGUUGGAGCAUGAUGCAAGUAUCGUUGUAGCUUGUGACAUGGGCUACUCUACUGGUAUGGGCAUUGUAACAGAGCUCUUGUGUAAUGAUGGGACUCUUUCUCCAUCUCCUCCUGUCUGUUAUGGUAAGAUCCUUUCAAUCUUGAAUAAAGUUGCCAAAUCAAAAGGAACAAGAUUUGUUUGGAAAAUGUCAAUCUGAAAGCUAUUUUCCUU